AUGCAGCUCACAUGGCCUCGGCUGCAGGUGCAGCGCAAUGAUGAAUCGCAAACCGCCGGCCGUUGGGGCAUCAAAAAAUGGACCUGGCGAUCAGCGGCCAAUCGCUCCCAAAACGGAAACCCUUGCGACCCUCACAUGCGAUUGAACCGAAUCGGCCUCUUGGAUCUUUUGCAAAUCAGACUGAGUGACACAGUGGCCCGUGAAGACUUAAACUCGCUGUCGCACAGCCAGGAUGUUGCCAUUACUGUAAACAGUACUUGCUACCUUGAGAUAGGCAUCCAACCCGAUAUGAUUGCUCCCAAAAUCUCGCUCUCUUUGGCGGAGAAACUGGACUUGGUGCCAGCUCUUGCGUCAAUCACUUUGACAGUUUUCUGGGCUCUCCUAACCUCCCUUUGGCGUUCGGCCGCAUAUCCCAAGACGCUGGUGCUUCAUAUUGGCUAUGCGGCAUUCCGCAAAGCCACGGCCCGCUUGACAGUGGCCCAGAUGCAAUAUGCUCUCCCAACUACGGACCAAAACUACGAACGUUACGUCCGGAAGCACAAGCUACCCUCCAAGACAGUAGACUUGGGUGACGGGGCUCUGGGACAUUGGAUCGGGGACCCGAAAGCGGACAAUAUCUUGAUUUGGUAUCACGGAGGCGGCUUCGCCCUCCCCGCCAACAGAGGCUAUUUCCAGUUCUUUUUGAACCUCAUAACUCAUCUGCGGAAAUAUCACAACAAAUCGCUCUCCAUCUUCACACUAACCUACACUCUCGCUCCGGGGGCCACUUACCCAACCCAACUCCGCCAAGCAACCUCCGCCCUCCGCCACAUCCUGACCACUCACUCCCCUUCCCAGAUCCUCCUCGGCGGGGACUCCGCAGGCGGGAAUCUCGUCGGUGGAGUCCUCUCCCACCUCGCUCAUCCCCACCCUCAGAUCGCCCCCAUUCCUUGUGAAGGAUCCCUCCGCGGAGCCAUCAUGAUCGCUCCCUGGACUAGUCUAGCCUCGGACUACACCGACCAGGAAAUUGAUUCGCGCGGGGACCUGAUUACCCCCGCUGUUGCGGGGCCGUGGGCGCAGGCCUAUCUUGGGACCGGGGAACGGGACCAUUAUACGGAUCUGUCGAGCGCGCCGGCGGAGUGGUUUGAGUCUUUCCCCGUGGAGAAGGUGUUGGUUUGUGGUGGCGGGAGGGAGAUUCUGUUGCCGGUGAUUGAGGGGUUUGUGGAGAAGUUGAGGGAGGGAUUCAAGGGGGAGAUGGAGUUUUGUGUUGGAGAGGGAGAGGGACAUGUGGCGCCGAUCUAUAAUCUGUAUAUUGGCGAGAAGGAAGAGACGGGGCAGGGGAUGAGGGUGAGAGGAUGGUUGGGUGAGACUUUGUGA